AUGUUGGAUAAGGCUGAGCCUUGGCUUGUGGAGGAUAAUGGCGGACCCAUAAAACUUUACAGCGAUGGAUCCGUCGUGCGGGCACCGAACCUAUUUGGAUCAAUGUUCCUUACUGAGCACAAUAAUUAUGGGCACGUUCCAUACAAAGAUAUUGUGUUUGAUGAGGAAACUGGUUUGUGGGCGCGCCUCUACUUGUCACCUGAGACCGAAAACAGGUUACCCAUGGUAAUGUAUUUUCAUGGGGGAGGAUUUUGCAUGCUAAGCGCCGCAAGCACGCUGUUGGCCCCUGAGCAUCGCCUUCCCACCGCUUACAAUGAUUCCAUUGCGGCGCUGCGGUGGAUGGAGAGAGAGGGCGCCAUCGAGGAUCCAUCAUUGCGCUCCCACGCUGACUUUUCAAAGAUAUUUCUGGCGGGCGAUAGUGCAGAAGGGAACAUCACACACCAUGUGGGCGUCUGGGCGGCGAGCAAAAGUGAGGAAAUCAAAAUCAAAAUCAAGGGUUUGAUUUUGCUGUACCCGUUUUUCGGGGGAGAAGAGCGGACGCCAUCAGAAACUGAAAAGGGCUCCUCGAUGUUAACUGCGUAG